UAAAAUCUUCCCAAGCUUCUCCAUCCAAAAUCUUCCAACGCGAGGAAGAUGAAACUGAGUCUUUUUUCUGCUGUCCUAGCCCUGCUUCUGGGCCUCUCAGUUCAACACAACCCCCUGGUGAGACCACAUGACGAAGUUGUGAAGACCAAGGAGCCCUUCCGUUUGGAUAUAACUUCAAAAAUUCUGGAGACAAAUAAAGGCAGCAACCAAAUUCUGGUGGAAGGUGAUGUCGUUCUCUCAAAGAAGAGGAAUGCCAUGAAAUGCUGGAGCAGCUACUGCAAAUGGGAAAAAUCCUACAAUGGACUGGUUGAAGUGCCCUACACCCUCAGUGAUUACUUUUAUGACAGUGAAAAAGCCUUAAUUGUAAAAGCUAUGGAAUCCUUCCAAAAGAAAACCUGCAUUCGCUUUGUUCCUUAUCAUGGCCAGUCUGACUACCUCAGCAUUGAGAGUCAUCUUGGGUGCUGGUCUACUAUUGGUAAAGAUGGAGGGCAGCAGGUUGUUUCUCUGUCCGUAUAUGGCUGUCUCGAUCAUGGGGUCAUUCAGCACGAGCUCCUCCACGCACUUGGCUUCCACCAUGAGCAUACUAGGAGUGACAGGGACCAGUAUGUCAGGAUCAACUGGGAAAAUAUCCCAGAUGCAAAUGUCUUUGACUUCCACAAAAUGGACACCAACAACCUGAACACACCAUAUGACUAUUCCUCCAUUAUGCAUUAUGGAAGGACUUACUUUUCAUCAACGUUUGGAGCAGAUACCAUUACUCCAAUUCCGGAUUCCUCUGUGCCAAUUGGACAACGUGUUGACAUGUCUGAUAUUGAUAUCCUCAGGAUCAAUAGGUUAUAUGAAUGCAACAUUUGAAAGAAAAGAAGUACAACUGCAUCACAAGAUACUGUGUCUCCAAAUCUUCAUGAGUGGAAAUGUGUGUAAACAUAUGAUUGAUUCAUUUAUAUAAAUAUCCUACCAAUUAAAUAACUAUUGAUAUAAAAAUGAUGUGUUCUUGACCUUUUACAACACCUACAACAUCUUAAUCGUGACUGAU